AGAUGACUCAAAACAUGUUACCAAGUAGCAAUGCUCAAACUCAACAAGUGCCCCAAACGUCGGUUUGGUGGGUUGAAAAAUCCCUGGAACCCCCGAGAGAAGAAGAUCAAUUGAUAUUAAUCGGCGACAAUCGAUGGGUAAGGCACGUUGACUGGCAAAGGUACCUACUGGACAAAGCUAGUGGCAAACCGCAGGGAACCAUAAGUCAGGCUGAACGGAGCAGCCCUUCUGCUGACGGGAAUAGUCAGCUUGACAAGAUGUCAUCAAAUUAAAAUCAAGACCUUACCAUAGACUACUCUUGGGAUGAAGACCCUCCAAUGUUGAGCUAUAAUCCACAAACUUAUGUCUCAGCAAACAAAAUUAUCCGGUGCCCCCCGCCGAAAUUGAGCAAAAAACCCAGAAGAAAGUUUAGAAAAGAAGAAACAGAAAGAUUUGCAAAAUUGUAGUUUAUAAGUAUAAUUUUUUAAUAAAAUAAUAGUAACUUAAUUUAUUGUUUCAUUGGGUUUUUAUAAAAAAUCAAAACAUAUUUUUCGAAGAUCACAAAGCACAAUUCUUGAGUGGAUUUUAAAAAAUACUGGUUUAUCAGGGAUUUUAAUGAAGUUCGUUGUUUUUGUAACUCAUAACUUUUCUCACCAAAAGUUCAAACAAUGCGGUGUCAUCAGAUCAACUAGUCGAGCAAAAAACAAACAAACAACAAAACCCUACCAUCGACAAUUCUUGAGGACUUUAUGGUAGAUAGCAAUAACCCAGAAGCAGAUGUUGUAUCCAACCCAUAAUCCGU